AUGUUUGGAAAUGCUGUACAAGCUGAUAAUUGCGCCCAGUGGACAAGUUGGGGUCCAUGCAUUUGGCUGAGAGGUCAUAACCCACGUUGGCAUCGACCUUACUUUGAUCAGCUAUUACCUGGAAAAAAUGGCUGUCGUGAACAUGUCUUUUUCAAACUUUUGCGAGAACGCUGGGGAGCGGUAUGUUAUUUAUUUGGUGCAGACGAUAAUAUGCUCUGUGGACACUUUUAA